CAGUUUGUUCUUCAGAAAAAGUGCCGUGUGUGGUGUGUUCGUGUUUCAAUGUUCUCGCUCUUUGAUUGCUAAAACUCCGGAAAAAUCUAUCUACUUCAAAGUUUGUGCAAUUUGAAAUUAUCCUUCCACCAUGCCUCCGAAGAAAACAUCAUCAGGGGCAUCCAAAAAAACCGAGACCAAGAAGAAGGAGAAAAUCAUCGAGGAUAAGACUUUCGGCUUGAAGAACAAGAAAGGUGCCAAGCAGCAAAAGUUUAUAACUCAAGUUGAAAAGCAAGUUAAGAGUGGAGGCCAACAUAACCUAUUGAGCAAUCCGAAUGCCAAGAAGGAGGAAAAGGAGAAGAAGUUAAAGGAGCAGAAAGAGCUGGCUUCGCUGUUCAAGCCAGUUCCGACACAGAAGAUUGAGAAAGGCGUUGAUCCGAAGUCGAUUCUGUGUGCUUUCUUCAAGCAGGGAACCUGUACCAAGGGCGACAAGUGUAAAUUUUCUCACGACUUGUCCAUUGAGAGGAAAGCCGAGAAACGUUCCGUUCAUGUGGAUAUGCGAGAUGGGGAGAAUGAUACAAUUGAUAACUGGACCGAAGAGAAGCUGGCGGAAGUGGUCGCAACAAAGCACGGCAAGGAAAAGAACAUGCCAACGACUACGAUUAUUUGUAAGUACUUCCUGGAUGCUGUGGAAAAGGCCCUCUAUGGUUGGUUCUGGGAGUGUCCGAAUGGUGAAAAAUGCAUCUAUCGUCAUGCUCUUCCCCCGGGAUACGUUUUGAAAAAGGACAAGAAGAAAUUGGAUUCACUAAAGGAGGAAAUUUCGCUGGUUGACUUAAUCGAAAGGGAACGAGCAGCUCUGGGACCGAAGCAAACUCGUGUCACGCUGGAAACUUUCAUUGCCUGGAAGAAACGCAAAAUUCAGGAAAAGAAACAGCGUGAUCAAGAUGACGAAGAUCGCAAACGGAAGGACUUCAAGGCUGGCCGCCAGAAUGGACUCUCCGGUAGGGAAAUGUUUAGCUUCAAUCCAGAUCUGGUCGAUUUCGGUAUGGAUGACGGUGAGGAAGCGAUUGAAUCCUAUGGCAGGAAUGAAGACGACGAUGACGCUACGGAAUACAAGGAAUUGGACUUCACCAUGCUGUCGUUAUCAAUCAAAGAGGUCGAUAAUACUGGUACCGUGGCCGAAGAGGAUAGGUGGGAGAAAAUGAAAACUAAUUUGCCGGUAGUGGCAGAGAACGGUGAAUCCGAAGAAACUGCAGCAGCUGCUGGCAGUUCCUCGGAUGCAGCACCUAUUAAUGAGAACCUUUUCCUCGACGAAGACCUGGAAGGAAUCGACGACGAGCUUAGCGACGACGACGAUGAUGACGAUGACGAUGACGAAGCGAAUGAGAACAGCGAAAAGUCGUGAUAUGGAGCAGCAUGAAUUUUGGAAGAAUGCGUUUCGUUAAUGUAAUUAUUAUUUAGAUUGUGAGCAGGUAAAUAAUUGUUCGCGCCUGAACAUUUGAUAUGGCUACAAUUAAACACGUACAGUCAAAUUA